AUGGAGUAUACUACUAAAUUUGAAGAGUUGUCUAAGUUCUUUCCUCAUUACAAUGGGGUAGAAGUUGGAGGGUCCAAAUGCAUCAAGUUUGAAAGUGGACUUCGCCCAGAGAUUAAGCAGUUUAUCGGAUACCAGAAGAUUCUCCAGUUCUCUAUUCUAGUUAAUAAAUGUCAUAUUUAUGAUGAAGACAAUCGUGCUAAAUUUAUUCAUUACAAAAGUGUUAGUAAUAAGAGGAACGGUAAUCAGAAAUGCAGAAAGUUGUAUGUUGUUCUAGACGGUAAGGAGUGUACUGCAAUAUUAUACUUCAAAUGUAUGAAGGCAGGAGAUAGAGUUGUUGAAUGCAAGGGUGUUGUUAUGGUUUAUUUCAAUUGUGGGGAGAUUGAUCAUAUUAGUACACAGUUUCAGAAACCCAUGAAAACUCAAGAUGUGAAAUUUAGUGGAAAGGUAUUUACUCUCAGUGGUGCAGAGGCUUCAAAAUCUGAUAGUUUGAUUUGA